AAGAAGUUGACAACAUUAAGGAAUCAUAUUGCAAUCCCCCAAGACAUUCCAUUGCCUAAAAAUGAAGACAACGUUGUUUGCCAAAUAUGUGAUAUUUCUGGACAUGUUGCUACUAUAUGCCCGCAACGAUAUAAAGUAACUUGUCAACUGUGUAACCAUGAGAGUCAUAUUGCAAAAGUUUGCCCAAAUCGCUACCGAUCAGAAAGCGCGUCAGACCCAUCCUCUACACCUACUGAGUCUUCUGAAACUAUUACAAAGAUUUUUGCUAAUGAAGUCCAUAUAGGUGCUGGGGGACAGGAUGUUACAGUACUUUCAUGGAUGGCAGAAAUGCUAAAUAUGAAAACUCUUUAUAAUAUGAGUGUUGCUAAUUGGCAAAUGGCAUUGUCAUUGAGUCAAAAGUUGUUGAGUCCAGAGGACCAAGAAAAGGUGCCAAAGGAUUUCUAUAGUGCAAAAAAAAAUGAUAAAUGUGCUUGGACUUAGGUACAAGAAAAUUGAUAUUUGUGUCAAUGAUUGUUUCUUGUACUAUGAUGAGCAAAGUAAGAAUUUAACUGCUUGUCCAGUAUGUGGAGAAUCUCAUUAUGAGCCAAGGAAUAUGUCUGCUAUAAGGCAGAAAGAUGUUCCAAGGAAAUCUUUGUGGUACCUUCCAAUUACCCCAAGAUUGCAGCGACUAUACAUGUCUAGAAAAACAGCAGAGCACAUGACAUGGCAUUUGAAAUGCCAUGAGGAUGCGGAUGAAGUUAUUCAUCCUGCGGGUAGUGAGGCAUGGAAACACUUUGAUGAAACCCACCCAACAUUUGCUGAUGAACCUAGAAAUGUUAGACUUGGCCUUUGUACAGAUGGUUUCAAUCCAUUUGGUUGCUCUACAAUGCCUUAUUCUUGUUGUCCUGUUUUUCUUACAGUGUACAACCUUCCUCUUGAAUUGUGUAUGAAGUCAAAGCAUAUAUUUCUUACCAUGAUAAUUGUUGGACCUAAAAGUCCAGGAAAAAACAUUGAUGUCAUGCUUAGGCCAUUAAUUGAUGAACUUAAGGAUUUGUGGACAAAUGGGGUUGAAACUUAUGAUAGUUUCAGACAACAGAAUUUUAUCAUGAAAGCUGCAUUGCUAUGGACUAUAAGUGAUUUUUCAGGUUAUGGCAUGUUAUCUGGAUGGAGCACACAUGGGAAGUUGUCAUGCCCUUAUUGCAUGGAGAACACUAAGGCUUUUCAACUUCAAUAUGGGAGGAAAACAUCAUUUUUUUAUUGUCAUCAUCAAUUUUUACCUCCUAAACAUCCAUUUCGUAGAGAUAAGAAGAAUUUUUAUCUCAAUAGAUUUGAAAAAAGCCGUCCCCCCCACCCACGACUAGAUGGUACUUUGAUGGAAGAAAGGGUUAAUCAGCUCCCUGACAUAGUCUUUGGUCAACCACUUCGACAGAAACAUUCAAUUGCAGGAUUUGGUGUAUUUCAUAAUUGGGUGAAACGUAGUAUAUUUUGGGAAUUGCCAUACUGGAAGGAUUUAUUGAUUCGUCAUAACAUUGAUGUCAUGCAUUGUGAGAAGAAUUUUUUAGAUAACAUUAAAAAUACUGUCAUGGAUGAUAAGGGUUGUACGAAGGAUAACACCAAUGCUAGAUUGGAUUUACAACUGUAUUGCAAUAGAUCUGAAUUAGAAUUGAUACCUCAAGAUGAUGGAACAGCUAGAAAACCCAAUGCUUCAUAUGUUCUUAGUCGAGAGCAACGAGCUCUUAUCUGUCAAUGGCUGAAGGAAUUGAGAUUCCCAGAUGGGUAUGCAUCCAACAUAGCACGAUGUGUUAACAUGCAGGAACUUCGAUUGUUUGGGAUGAAAAGUCAUGAUUGUCAUCUUCCCACACAGCUGCAACAGGAGCAACCCACUGUUACUCAACCACCAUUGGCCGAUGACCAGUUCACUGGUGAUGAUGCAACAAUGGAGGAAGUUGCUGAAGAGCAUAAUUUGGAGGCUAAGUUGGAGGCUGAGUAUGCUGUGCUUGAUCCUGAGUUAGAUGCUCAGUUGGAGGAGAAGCUAUCACGUGCUGUCCCGAAGACAGGACGUGGCAUGGAUAAAGGAGAUGACGCUCUUGCAGACCCGAGUCAAAGGAAGGUGCUUAGCCUUAAUCGCCGAGGCACAUUCAGCCAUGAGAGCUGGCCUGAGGAAAAGAAGAGGGUUGCUUGGGAGAAUUUUCAGGUAGCUAAAAGAGGAGUUAGACCGACACCUUUAGAGUCGUACUUGUUGACUCACACGACUCGCCGACCUGAUGCUCUAGAAGAUGCCCCACCUGCUUGGAAGUGUCACGCCCCAGAACCCAAAUCCGAGGCGCAACAGAUGCCGUGCACUCGUGAGACGGGUCUCACAAACGCACAAGGCUCGGAACUUAUUCAAAUCCCAAACCCUAUUCUCACAAAAUCUGUUUUAAUACCAUAAAAUUCAAGGUACAAUCUAUCUUCCAAGAAUGAUAAUGUAUUCCAUAAAUCUAUGUCCAACAUGACUUAAACUUAAAAUCACAAGGUAACAUCUAUCUUACAAAAACAUGAUUUAUUUCUAAAAUUAUAUGAAUCUCGAAAUGGCUAGCCUUCUAACUCGUCACUUCCCAUGGUUUCCGUGUCUCGAGUCAUACUACCUGAAAUGGUGGACAAGGGAAAACUCAUGAGAUAAAAUAUCUCAAUAAGUAAAUGUAUGGAUGGCCC